UGUGGGCACUAAGCGCAAAGGGAAAGGUAUGGCUGGAAGAAUGGGGGGCUACGCACCGCUGCCGGGCAAGUUCCGGCUGAUCUUUGCGGAUGCUUCAAUCAGUGGCGGCUCCAUCAUGCAAAUGAUGGACCUUCCCAAGCCAUUGACUCUGGCGAAGGUGGCAGCAACGCUGGAGAGCAACCCCAUCUUCAAAUUCCAGGACCUUUGUGACCAACGCGGGGUCAAGGCAGUCGAUGUCGACCUUCGCUUACAAGGCCUGGACGGCAAUCGAAGAAGUCCACUCCACACCGACCAAGACAUAGAAACUUUCCUGCAUGGCUUGCAAACCAGCAAGAUUCCAGUCAUUGAGGCUCAACUGCCAAAUGACAACACCAUGGCGAUAGCAUCAGAGUUGCAAGCGAGCGCUCCCAGUAGAAGGCACCGGGGUCGAGACCCUCGAGAUCAGAUCGAGGAACUUGAAGACGCCAAUGACAAGUUGUCUCGGGCAACUGACCGCGUCGAGCGGAGACUAGCUGAACUGGAGCGCCAGAUUGCAACCACAGAUGAAAGGACUGAAAGAUCUGUGGGCAUCGCUCGGCGAGAGAUGAUGACUUUCCUCGAACAGUCCGUCAACGAAACGAAUCAAAAGGUUGCCGCAUUGAAGGAGGACGAUGCUGCCAUCCUCAAGGAAUUAGACGUGGUGAGGCAGCAUAGUGUCUCCGUCGAGCAGAAGGAUCUGAAGCACCACAAGGAGAUAUUAGAGCAGCUCGAUGCCUUUGCGCGACGAGUGGACGAGCAGUUUGACGAGGCAAAUCGGUGCCUCGAUCAGCUUAAGGAAGAGGAUGCCCGAAUUGAUGCAGAGGCUCAAGAGAUCAAGUCGGAUCACAGUGGGCAGUUGGAGGCGCAGCUGGAAGAGCUGCGACGCCUCGAAGAAGAGAAGGUGAAUAUCUCUGUUUGGCAGUCCGAAGGUGAUGCCAUGGUCGGUCGCAUCACGAAGGAUGUGGAGUUGCUGAAAGAAGAUCUCACCAAGGAGAUUGCAGAUAUCAAUGGGAAAUUUAAGACCGAGUGCGACUCCACUGUGCAGAGGUUUCAGAAGGAGAUGUCUGAACGUGAAGCUGGCGACAAGGAUCUCGGCAGGAUAAUGUCUGAGACCACCCAACGUCUUGAUACGCAACUCGCCAAGAUGGACAAAGACACCCAGGCCAGCUUCCAAGCUGCCAAGGAUGCUUUGCAGGAGACCAAUAAGAAGUUGCAGGAGUCCAUUGACACACAGGUCUCCGAACUUGCUGGUCAGACUGAGAAGCACUUCGACCAAUUGGAGCAUACCGUCGAUCACAAGGAUGAGAAGGUUCACAAGAGGGUGGAUGAGUUGACUGGCAAAUGCGAAGCUACAUUCCAAAGCAUCGCGGAAAGGCUUGAGGCCAUGGUGCAAGAAGAGCGAGAUAGGCUCGGCCAGCUGAACCAAGACCUUACAGAGAACCUCAUUAAAGCUCGUGCAGAUUUGUAUGCGAAUGUCGAGCGCGUCAGAAGCGACUAUGAGCAAGAUGCAGCACGGUUGGAUUCCGAUCUUGCUGAUCUUCACAUGAAGUACGAUGUCACCAAGCAGGAAAUCAAUUUCUUCCAAUCCAAGCUGAAGGACCAGCGAGAAUGGACAGAGCGUUGCCUGGCAGAGAGUAGCACCGCGACGCGUGCAGCUGCAUUGGACUCUCAGGAAGGUUUAGCUGCUACGACCAAGAUGCUUCAUGCAUUACGGGAUGAUGCAGUCAGCUUCCGUGAGAAAAUGGCAAAGUACAUUAGCAUCUUGCAGCACUCGUCUGACCAGCAAGGUGAGGCCAUCAAUUCGUUGGAGAUCAACCGAACUCGAAUGCGUGCAGAGCUUGAUGCUCUGGUUGCCGACCACAAGGCCUAUACCACCGACAUGGAUGAUUGGGCCGAUGAUGUGCGGGUGAAGGUAGAGCGUCUCUUCCGUGCAAUGGAGCCCACCCAGGUCGAAUGGCGCAUUGAAAAAGCGGUACAGAAAGCAAAGGAACUAAGAAAGCCUCUGGCCGUGAAAUCGCCAACCUUCGGCAUCAGAGGCAUCCGUGAGGGUCACUUGGAGUUCUUCCCUGAUGGCCACAACAUGUCGCCGGAGGGCAAGGCAUGCGUGCGCCUAUUCCUUCCACCACAGGCUCAUAUACGUUACCAGUGCUGGGUUGGAAAAAGUUCGGAGGGUCCUCGAGAGCGCACUCCAGGGGACAACCUUUCAGUUGAUAUGUACCUCACCGACUGGGAGGAGCAAGUCACAGACGAUGGUGCAGUGCCGGUCGUGCUGGAGGUCCUGCGCGACUAUAACAACGACGAUUCGUCUCUGUCCAGAGAGAUCCGCGUCAACAGCGCUUGAGCUGCAGGUCCUGAGAAUGUUUUCUGGCUGCAUCAGCCAGAAUUUGAUGCAUGGUUUGAAGCUGCGUUGAGCGUGGCGCAUUUGCUGCCCGCGAUGCCUGUUUGGCAAAUGACCUGGCUGUACACUGCGCUGCAGCAUGGCUGGAAAAGCUGGCAAAAAAUGAAUCAUUUCGUUUCACCUUUGGCUUCAUUGCUUUGAAUGCAAAAGCACAGAGCAGAAAGAGGCCGCCGUGAAUCUGGGUAAAAAA